AUGAAUUUCUCGUGUGGCUGUCUGUUUGAUAAAAAAGUCAAGGAGCCUCGCUUCAAACGGUCCAAAUACUUUGAAGAUUUGAGUGCCAGUUUUGCCAUCAAUGCCAAGAAUGAGCAGCUGGGAGCACACUACUCUUGGUUGGUCCAGAUGUACAAACCCAUCAAAGAAAAACAGCCUUACAUUGAGGCCACAUUUGAGAAUCCCGUCGAUCCAAGCGACCCGAUUCAUGUGCCUGCCGUGCAGCUCAAGGGAGAGCAUGAAGACUUUGAAUACCCUCGCUACUAUUUCUUGUCCCCAGCAUUAGGCGCCUUGGAUUGCAAACUAUACAACAUCAAAAUCACAGCAUACACAGACAGAUCAAAAACUAAAGUCAUUACAGAGCACGAAAACCAGUUACUUUCUCGCAUCAAUUCUGAAAGUUGUGUUAAAUCUGAAUUUAUGGAAAGAAUGAACGCAGCCGCAGAGCAAGCAGAAUGGGAAUUAAAGCAAUAA